GGACGGACCGGCUCAUUGGCUCAUUGCAGAGUUCGACAAAAAAUUCCAAGCAGUCUCUGUCCUCCUUCCUCCAGGAUGGCGCCGCAGAAGGUGGUCUUGAAGGUCUCCUCGAUGAGCGAUGACAGGGUGAAGCAGAAGGCAAUGGAAACUGUUGCGGAUAUCUACGGAAUCGAUUCGAUUGGCGCUGAUGUCAAAGAGCAGAAGGUGACUGUAAUCGGUGACAUGGACCCCGUUGAGAUCGCCAAGAAGUUGAAGAAGUUUGGGAAGAUCGAUAUUGUCUCGGUUGGGCCGGCGAAGGAAGAGAAAAAGGACGACAAGAAAGGGGGAAAGAAGUGAUCGAGUGGAUUCUCUCGAGUCACGUCAUCGAUGCCACGCUGAUUUAUCCCCAAAAGAGUCGCUGAGUGCAUGUUUGGUUCAGGAACUAAAUUAGUAUCUGUUCAUAUCGAAUAUUUAGAUACUAAUUAGAGUAUUAAAUAUUAGUUAAUUAUAAAACUAAUUGCAUAAAUGAAGGCUAAUUCGCAAGACGAAUUUAUUAAA